GGCCAGUACGUUUAUAAAGCGACCAGCGAGCGGUUGAACAUUGAUAAAGCAGACUUCGGUAAAAAGUACAUCAUGUCGGCUCUAGAUUUACUUAAGGGGAAUGUCCAAAACAAAAAUGGUGAUAUAGUGGAUUUAUCUUCCUACGAUCAUAUAGGUAUUUAUUUUUCUGCGCAUUGGUGUCCACCAUGCCGCGGAUUCACUCCUGAACUGGCUAAAUUUUACAACACGUGCGCAGAUGAAAAGUUCAUGAUCGUGUUCAUCAGUUCUGACAGAGACGAGGCCUCAUUUAAGGAGUAUUAUAACGAAAUGCCAUGGUCAGCACUGAAGUUUGAAGACAGAGACGCCAAGGCCAAACUGUCUGAGAUGUUUGGAGUCCAAGGCAUUCCCACUUUCAUCAUUCUGAAUGGCAACGGAGAUGUUGUGGAAAAGGGUGGCCGAGGGGUAGUCAUGAAUAAAAUAGGAAACGGGGACUUCAGUGCAAAGUCUUGGUAGAGCGAGGCUACACCUAAAUAAUUGAGAGCACUACAUUAAAUAUAUUUUGUAAAAUCAAUUGAUAUAGUAAACUUCAACGUUUGACUUGAAAGCAAACAAAAUCAUUUACUUUCCACUGUGAAUUAAUUUCUGCUUGUAUUUUUAAUUUAUCUUAAUUUCUGUCAUAUGUGGUGUCCUUAGGAUCCAGUGACACCGUUUGUGACGUACGUUUUGUGAUCAAACAUAACAUCCUACAGCAGCUUCUAGUUGCUACUUCGAGCGCACACAACUGAAUUUGUAUUGUAUUAUUAUUCUUAACUGAUCUUUUUGCUCAUUUAUAAGUAUUCACUUUUGCAAAAAAUAUUGUAAGAAAUAGAAAACUUGUGAGAACUUUAUCAUAUACUGGUGUAUUUAUAAAUGUUUAAUACGUCUUGGAGAAAAAUAAAAAAUACCUACAAAAUC